AAGAGGAAGAAGAAGACGGUUACUGGGGUAACGUCAACAUCAAUCGGCGCUGCUAACUUUUCAUUUAGCUAGCGUUUCUGUCUUUUGUUUUUCUUUAAGAACAUCUAUCUGUAAAACUGCUUCGGUUGGAGAUUUUCGAGAUAUAAAGGCAUCAUGGCGAGUCAGCGGCCUCCCUCCAGCAUGGGCCGGCCCAUGAGCCGUAGUGGAUCUGUGGUCCCUGGUGCUGGAAGACCCCCAACAGCUGUCCGACCUCCUCCUACAGCUAUUCGUGUUGCAACUGGGAUGGUUCCAGGUACCAGUGGUCAUCCUGGCAUGAGAGGAGGAAUCCCCAUCGCUACUCCUGGAGUCCUGUCAGCUCAGAUCAAAGUCACCGACAGGCCUGUCACCCAACAGGGGCUCAGUGGGAUGAAGACUGGAAUUAAAGGACCUCAGAGACAGAUCCUGGAUAAGUCCUACUACUUGGGCCUUCUCAGGAGUAAGAUCAACGAGUUGACCACAGAGACGAGCAAGCUGCACAAAGAGAUUGACAACUACAACCAGGAGAACUCUGUGUACCUGUCCUAUGAGAAGAGAGCUGAAGGCCUGGCAGCAGAAAUUAAAGAUCUGCAAGGGCAGCUCGCUGACUACAACAUGCUGGUGGACAAACUCAACACUAACACAGAGAUGGAGGAAAUGAUCAAUGACUACAAUAUUCUGAAAGCCCAGAAUGACAGUGAGGCAGAGAGCAUUGACAGCAUCUUCACUGAGAGGAGAGAGAGAGAGGAGGCCAUCAGGGCGAUGGAGGAGGAGAUCCGGAGGGAGAGACGGGUCGCUGACGAAGUCAUCCAGGCAAUGCCCGCCGCAAAGCAGGAGAAAUAUUUCACCAUGACAACCACCAAUGAAGAGCUGCUACAGGAGCUGACUGUUCUCCAGGAGGAGCUGGACAUCCUGAUCACCAGGAAGGAGGACUAUGAAGCUGAACUGUCCCACUCACAGAUAAAGCAGGAAGUGGUUCGCCUUCAUGAGACCCUGUCAGCGCUGGAGGCGAAGCGGGACGCCAUGGAGGCUGAGCAGAAGAGCCUGAGUUCCCCUAAGGAGGAGUUAGAGAAGCUGUUUAAGCAGGUGAAGGAGGACAACCAGGAGAUCGCCAGCAUGGAGAGACAGCUUACAGAGAUCAGGGACAGAACCGGACAGAUCACAGAGGAGAUCCGACACCUGGAGCAGGACUCAGAGGCAGCUCAGGGAGAGUGUCAACAGAAAUAUAAGGAGAUGAAGAGGAGAGAAGAAGACAUUGACCGGUUCCUGGAGUCAUUUGAGGAGUCCAGGGCUCAGGAGCAGGAGAGGAUGAGCCAGAGUCAGGAGAACAUCGUGUCACUCCUGGAGCACUGCAGCCGGAACAUGUUGCGGCUACGUCAGGUGGAUACGGUCACGGCCAGCGAGCUGAGGAACAUGCAGGAGGUUCUGGUCAGCAAAGAAACAGAGGUGGUCCAAUCAGAUAGCACCGCCAGAGGACUGACAACAGAGUCCCAGCGUCUGCAGCAGGACCUGGAGAAGGUGCAGCAGCUGGAGGGGAAGAUCACAGGAGAGCUGAGCACUCUGAAGGAACGCGUCAACACCAUGGAAUCUGAGCUGCUCACCUACAGAGACCUGGACACCCUGAGGCACACAGCCGAGGAGAAGAAGAAGAGGCUACAGGAGGACCAGGUAUCGCUGACUCGGUGUCAAGAUUCAUUUGGACAGCUGCUGGAGGAGAUGAACCAGAAAUAUGAAGCUCUGAAGACCAAACUGGAAGAAAAUGAGACUCACGCUCAGCUGGCUAACCUGGAGAGGAAAUGGCAGCACUUGGAGCAGAACAAUUUUGUGAUGAAAGAGUGUAUCCUUCAGAAACCUGUCUUCACUUUAUAUAUAUUUAAAGCCCUCAUCACUUCUUUGAAGUCACAUGCUGAGCUUUCCUUCACCGCAGCAUCAGUCAUCGCCUCUAAAUCUCAGGAGAGUCACUACGCCUCAGUGGCCAAGAACGUCUUCCAUCAGGUGGCCGAGUACAACAGGAGCCUCAUAGAGUCGCUGCAAAGCAACAAGAGCUGAAGAUGUCUGCACACACACACACACACACACGCACAUGCACACGCAAACACACACACACACACACACACACACACACACUGCUUUUCAUGUUCAGACCGUCAGAAACACUCCAACCCGUCAUCUAACAUUCAACAUUUCCAGUAAAACAUUCAGUUUAUGUAUGAAGUUUUCAUCGACCCAGUUUGUGAAAGGAGCUUCUUUUGUCAGUUAAACUUUAGCCACUUGCUGUUUUUGAAAAAAAAAAAUAGAUAUUUUGAAUAUUUAUAUGCUAUAUUUUGUAUUUCAUCACACAGACACUGAGUCGUUGCUGCUUUCUGUGUAGGAACUUUGUGUAGAAUUUCUGAAUAGCCGAGUAUUUCAAUGAUUAGUCAGAUGGAUAGACUACAUGUAUGUCACCUGACUUCAACCCAACAGAACAACGUUAGGUCAGUAAAAGAGAAACAGAGAGUAACACAGAUGGAAAUGAUGGUCAAGAUCUCCACCAUGCCAAGGAGGCUUUCAUCAGAAAUAAAAGUGGAAGAUUUGAAUCUGGUUAAUAAAAGUGACUUUUUUUGCACUGAA